CAUUAUGCGUCAGUAAAGGUGUUAAGGAAAAUAAACGCAACGAAUUUAAGAAUGGAAUUUCAAAGAAUCUGGAGUAAGAAAUCAUAGUACGGACUACUUACUCCAUAACGAUAAGUAGUAACAGUACAGCAGAACAAGAUACACUAUACAUUAUGUACAGUGGUUAGAAAUAGCAUGCCAAUGAAACAAGUAGGUUAGACUCUUUAAAAGUACAGCACAGUCGAAUGGAAUGAAAUAAAUUGUUUAAACAAGCCAUUUGUAAGACUCUUAACUAUUAGUUUUACAUUGAAUGCAAAAUAAUAUAGUCAAUUGUACUAAAUAGACAGUGAGUGUAACAUGAUGAAAUCAGUUGUCUUUUAAAAUGGAUACUUUAGCUUCUAAAUUCAAAAACUUUGGUAAGAAUGGAACAGAAGAUGAAAGUAGACCAAUACUCGCUGAUGAUCCUGAAAAGGGAGAGAUAGAGAUUGCGCAAUCUUCCUCUUCCGUAUCACCAAGUGAGGAUGUAUUUACUGAUGAGAAAGAUCAAAUAAAGGAAUGCUAUUUUCGUGAUGGGAUCAGAAAAAUUGAUUUUGUCUUGGUUUAUGAGGAUGAACAUUGUGAAAAAACGGAAGAGUUGUCGAGCAAAGAGAAAGCAAAGAGAAGAAACAAGAGAAAUCAAGUGGAGCAGCAGGAGAAGUGGAGGAAUAAGUUUAUUAGAUGUUUAAAACAAACUGGUGUAACUAUUGAAGAAGACAGCAGCGUCAGCGAAGAGAAAACAAUCCACUAUUUUAAACUCAACUGUCCAUGGCAUCUAUUGACUUAUUAUGCAGAGGAACUUAAUAUUAGAGCUCCAUUGCAGUUGCGUGAAUACAAAAGUCAUCAGUGGUCAAGCAUCAUUUUAAAAAAGUUUCAUCUCCCAAAUGGUAUGGUUCUUGAUGUACCUAAGAGACCAAAGCUAUAUUUCACAUGUACAUUUCGAAAAUCCAAGAUUUCAAAUUUUCUUGGAAAUGACAAUCAUGAUACUUACUUCUCUGCUACAGAAAGAGGGAGAAUUAUGUGGGAGAUCUUACAAACUACUUUGUUUGGGAAAAAGAAACGAGCAGAGAUUGGCAUUGAGAGACUGCUGUGUGAUGGUGUAUUCACUGCGGCAUUUCCUCUUCAUGACGGGCCAUACAGGCUUCCAAAACCCAUUGAGGAAGUUAAGGACCUUGAAAAAUUGAACAAACGUCAAAUUCUUUAUGAAUAUUGGGCAAGAUGGGGCAGAUGGUAUAAAUAUCAACCAUUGGAUCAUAUACGAGAUUACUUUGGUGAAAAAAUUGGGAUUUACUUUGCUUGGCUUGGAUUUUACACAGCUUGGUUACUUCCUGUAGCUUUUAUCGGGUUCAUAGUUUUUCUCGCCGGUCUUAUUGGAAUCAACAUGAACCCAGAAGCGAAAGAUGUUUGCGGAAGUGGAAAUAGUUAUAUGAUGUGUCCACCAUGUGAGGGGUGUAAGAAGUGGCCGCUUAGCAAAUCUUGUAUAAUGAUGAAACUUGCUUAUUUGUUUGAUAACAAUGGGACGGUCACCUUUGCCAUAAUUAUGUCUUUCUGGGCUGUAUUUUUUCUUGAGUUCUGGAAGCGGAAAAGUGCAAAUAUUGCGCAUCACUGGGAAGUGAUGGAUUACGAGGAGGAAGAAGAACGUCCUCGACCAGAAUACAACGCACGAGCCCCUACUCUAAGUGUUAACCCAAUAACUGGGGUCGUGGAACCCCAUUUUUCACCAAAGCAAAGACUGAGAAGAAUGUUUACUGGAUUUGCCAUCUUAAUUAUAAUGUUGGUAGUCGUCGUCAUAUUUGUCUUGUCAGUCAUCUUAUACAAGUGUCUUAUUGGCGUGGUAAUGUCGCACAGCCAUGAUAAAUUAAUACACGGAGAGGUCAGUACGAUCAUGAGGUCGGUUAGUGGAGCCCUCCUUAACUUGAUUCUUAUUAUGUUGAUGUCUAAUGUCUACACUGCUGUUGCUGAAUGGUUAACAAGAUGGGAAAUGCACAGAACUCAGACUGAAUAUGAGAAUGCGCUCACAUUCAAGGUUUUCAUCUUCCAGUUUGUCAACUAUUAUUCAUCCAUCUUCUACAUUGCUUUCUUUAAAGGAAAGUUUGUUGGUUACCCAGGUCAUUAUGGAAAGUUCCUUGGUAUCCGAAACGAGGCGUGUGGAAGUGGAGGUUGUUUGAUAGAUCUUGCUCUUCAAUUAUUUAUUAUUAUGGUCGGAAAACAAGCAAUAAAUAAUGUGCAAGAAUUAAUUCUUCCGAAACUUUUCCAGUGGUGGCAACGAAGGCAGGUGAAAAAAGCAUUUGGAGCCGAACAGAAAAGUAAAAUGACAAAACCAUGGGAAAAAGAAUACCUUAAACUGGUGCAUUACGAAGGAUUGUUUGAAGAGUAUCUUGAAAUGGUGCUCCAAUUUGGAUUCAUCACUAUAUUUGUUGCUGCCUUCCCCCUCGCACCAUUAUUUGCAUUGCUGAACAACUGGAUUGAGAUACGUCUUGAUGCGAGUAAACUAGUUUGCGAGAUGAGAAGACCGGUGGCAGAACGCGCACAGAAUAUUGGUGUGUGGUACGAGAUUCUUGACGCUCUGGUGCAAAUUGCAGUAAUAACUAAUGCGUUCUUGAUUGCUUUCACAUCUGAGUUUAUUCCACGGAUUCUCUACAAAUAUGAAGUUGGAGCUGGAAGUUUGAAAGGUUACACCAACCACUCACUCUCAUAUGCUCCUACAAGUGCUGGUUUAGGAGAUUGCCGGUACAAAGGUUACAGAGACUGGGAGGGCCACCAUACGUUGUAUUACUGGAAGUUGUUGGCUUGUAAACUUGCAUUUGUCAUCACUUUUGAGCACCUUGUAUUCUUUAUUGGAAGAAUGAUCGACUGGAGCGUGCCAGAUGUACCUGAAAGUUUACAAUAUAAAAUUAAACGCGAGCAUUAUCUUGCCAAGCAAGCAUUAGCUGACAACCGGGACAACUCAAUGAACAAUAAAGGGGAAUCUUCCAACAGCAGUAUGUAACAAUCAUAUAUGGAAGUCAUGAAGUUAUACAACAGACGUGUUUCACAAGAUCCACAUGAUGCAGAUGCAGACACUCGUUACCAAAGAAUAUACAAGGCUGCCAAUAAACUUUCACAACUCCCCUUUGCUAAACCAACUCUUGAUACUCUACAGGAGGAAGAAAACUCUGAAAAAAUAGAACCAGUUACAACAAAUGUUGAUAAAAAAAUCAUAAAUACCAACCUAGAAAAAAAAUUAAUUGAUACAGAUACAACAACAGAUACUGAAACGUCUUCUGCCAUGGUAACAGCUCCAGGCUCUCAAAAUUAUCCAUCACAACCAUUAGAGUCCUCCGAGAAGCCAGCAUCCCCACUACGACCUCUGCCUCCAAGAUUAAACCAAUCACCAAACACUUCAGAUGAUGAUAAUUCUAGAUCGAACAGAAGGCAACGAAACCUUGCUACAAGGAGAAGCAAGGUUAAAAGGGAUCAGGUGUAAUGUUUCCUGUGUUUCCAAUUAUAAGUGCUGUAUUGCUAUAUUUGUUUACAAUUAUAAGUGGCGUAUUUUCCAACAAUUUUAGUGUAAUAUAUAACAGGUGUAAUGUUUUCUAGCGAACUGCGCUUGGAUCACAGACUUAAUAUUAUGGUAAUUAUUUUUAAAUUUUGCAUAAAGUAUAUACAUCGUGUUGUGAAACGAUAACAGCCAGCCAACUGGCGUAACAUGUAUGUUCAAAUAACAUUAGGUGAAAUUUGGAUAACUAUAAUAUUAAACUCUCUCAGCCGCUACAGUUUCCUGUAUCGACAAUUAUCAAGUGCUGUAUUUCCCAACAGUGUCAGUAUAAUAUAUACCAGUGUAUGGUUUUUAUAUUGACAACUAUUAAAUGCUGUAUUUCCAAAGAAAUUAUACUCCAAUAUAUUACAGGUGUAAUAUUCCUACAUUGAUUAUUGUUAAGUGCUGUAUUUUCUGAACUAUUAUUGUGUAUUAUAUUACAUUUUUCAAUUUACACAGUUUUAAAUAUACUUUAAUUGAAUAAACUGUAAUGUUCACAAUGUAUUCUAGGGUACUCAUAACCCAGCACUGUAUAAAUAGUGAACUGUAUUAAACACAAUUUAUUUUGCGAUUUGUGCUUUAACAACCAGUUUAACCGUGAAUAUAUAUAUACAUAUAUAUAUAUACACGUCUUGCUACCCUUUUUGUUAGUUCCACUGUAAUUGUAUUGUACUGUUAGUGUGUUUAUUAUGUUGCACAAAGAUUUUAACUGUAGAACACACAGAUUAUUCAGAAUUUAGUAUUUUUUAUUGCCAAGUUUUGGUUUCUCAUAAGUAAGAAACUGUUUAUUAAAUGUAAACUUUUCUGGAAUAAACAAAAAAACUGUGUGUA